AUGGGCACCAAAUCCAACCUUUCCAUCGCCAUCCAGGCAGCAGACUCCAAAAACACCAAGUACGAUGACUCAAAGCCCUCCACUCCAGCAGCCUCCGACCUCCUCCCACUGCUGUUCAGCUCGCUCGUCCAUCCCACCAGCUCGACCGUGCACGCACUGUCAUCCUCUGCCAAGACGUUCAAGCCACUGCUCACUCCCUUGAGCACCAACUUCGAUCUCGGCAACAACAACUCGGACGACGACAACGACGAAGACGACGACGCCGACGACUCCGACUCUAACACUGUCAACCCUGCCGAGGAAGAGGACCUCAAGGACUACGUGCCGGGAGGCUACCAUCCGUGCUUCAUAGGCGAAACCUACAAGAACGGCAAGUACACCUUGGUCCGCAAGCUCGGCUGGGGCCACUUCUCGACAGUGUGGCUUGCCAGAGACAACGACAAACAGUGCCAUGUGGCCAUGAAGAUCGUCCGUAGCGCCAAACACUACACGGAAACCGCCAUCGACGAGAUCAAGUUACUCGACAAGGUCACUACCUCCGACCUCCACCACCCAGGACACGAGCAUGUGAUCCAGUUGUUGGACACCUUCACCCACAAGGGUGUCAACGGUGUCCAUGUGGUGAUGGUGUUCGAGGUCCUAGGCGAAAACUUGCUCGGCUUGAUCAGAAGGUACAAGCACAGGGGUAUUCCCAUCGUGUUUGUCAAACAGAUAGCGAAACAGUUGCUCUCAGCCAUGGACUUCUUGCACAGAAAGUGCGGAGUCAUUCACACCGACUUGAAGCCUGAAAACGUGUUGAUUGAAAUCGGCGAUGUCGAGCAGAUCGUCAGAAUGGUCGAGGAGGAAGAGCACGAGAUCAAGGUCCAGAAGAGAAGAGUCAAGUCGCAAACCAUGCAUUCAUCUAAGCCACCUCUCCUCGCAGAAGCGUCUACUCCCGAAGAUGUGGCGAAAUUGAACACUUCACCUUCCUUGGGCAGAAAUGGAAGAAGAUCUAGAAGACACACUCUCAUCACUGGCUCCCAGCCUUUGCCGUCACCAUUAAGGUCAUUCAACAAGUCGUUUAUUAACGUGUACGGAUUGGCAAACUCCACCUCUAACACCCCUGUCAGAAAUACGUCGUUCACAGCUGCAUCUAUCAGGAGCUCGAUGAAUAUUGAGCCCACCACUCCCGUGGAGCCCGUCACAAGAACUUCUUCCGGCGUGGAUAUUAACGAGAAAGAUACACUCAACAGUUCGCUUUCCUCAAUGUCCAUCUCCAACACCUACCAAUCGGGUCUCGAUCCUGUUUCCAUCCCUGCAUCCGCAUCCAACGACCAUGACCACUCUCACAUGAUGGAAAAUGACAUCAUCAACGAGGAUGAGUUGAUCUCUGUUAAAAUCGCCGACUUGGGCAAUGCCUGCUGGACCACCCAUCACUUCACCGAUGAAAUUCAGACUCGUCAAUACAGAUCUCCAGAAGUUCUUUUGGGCUAUCACUGGGGCGCCCUGAGUGACCUCUGGUCGUUUGCCUGCUUGGUAUUCGAGCUCCUCACUGGGGAUUAUUUAUUUGACCCAAGAGACGGCAAGACAUACACCAAAGACGACGAUCAUAUUGCUCAAAUCAUCGAGUUGAUUGGACCAUUUCCAAGAUCGAUGCUCAAAGAAGCAUACUACACCAGGGACUUCUUCAACUCCAGAGGGGAGCUCCAUAGAAUUAUCAAGUUGAAGCCUUGGGCGUUGAAGGACGUCCUCAUCGAAAAGUACAAGUUCAACCCCAAUGAUGCCAUGGAGAUUUCAGACUUUUUGAUGCCCAUGUUGACCUUACAGCCUGAAUUGAGGGCUGAUGCCGGAGGAAUGGUGAACCAUGCGUGGUUAAGCGAUGCCCUCGGGUUGGAAAAUGUGGUGCUUGAGAGACCAGUAGGGGGAUCGGGAGAGGAUAUCCCCGGAUGGGCCAAGGAGAUAGGUCAACUGAGUACUGGCAAAAAAUACUACUAA